AGUGGCCUUUCAAAAAGAGAACCAGACGCUUCCAGAUGAACCUUCAGACAGCAUUUGGCUCAGAGGUUCAUGGUUUAAUACAUAGAUGCAGAUGCGAUAAAUAUUUAGGUUUAUUUCCUGUGUGACGUUUUGCAGACUGGAAAGGAUGCAAAGCCUCUGUUUUUGGAUGUUGUUCCUUGGGAUUUCAUCCGCAUCUUCACAAAGAUCCAACAUAAUGAAUAUCACUGAGGAAAAGGACAUCACAGAAGUAAACAAAAAUCUCACAGGUGAUGACAUUCUGCAGGGGCCCAAGACGCACAGAAGUUCAAUUACAGACACAGAUCUACUGUGGGACUCACCAGUUCCUUACAUUCUUCAUGAAGGCCUAGAGCUGAAUGCAAAGGGAGUCAUACUGAGAGCACUGGAUCAGUUCAGGCUGAAGUCAUGCAUUGACUUCACUGUCCGAGAGACGCAGGACUAUUUCAUUCACGUCCAAAAGCUAGGCGGGUGCUUUUCAUACGUUGGGCAACGGUACCAGGAAAAUGGACAGACUCUCUCCAUCGGUCAAUACUGCGAUACAAUCUCCACGGGGGAACACGAGUUCCUGCACGCUCUUGGCUUCUACCACGAACAGUCCCGACCCGACAGGGAUGAUUUUGUCACCAUUGUUUUCAAAAACAUCCAAGAAGGGAGGUCACACAACUUUGACAUAGCUGCUGCCAGCAGCACCCAAGGAGUCCCGUACGACUACUGGUCUGUGAUGCAUUAUGGGAAAAAUGCCUUCAGUAAUGGAAACGGUUCCACAAUCAUCACCGAAGACCCCAAGUACCAAGACGUGAUCGGCCAAAGACAGGCAAUGAGUCCCAGGGACGUCGAGGAGCUCAACCUGCGCUACGACUGCAACGACAGCGUUGCCUUUCAGCUGUAUUGUGAUUUUUCCGACGGAGCCAUGUGUCACAUGACAAACUGCUCAGGUGGGAGCACCAAAUGGGAAAGGGUCACGCGUGCUGAAGGUGGGCCGAGCUCUGACCACACCAGUCUUCCCAGUGUCACAGCAGAGGAAGGAUUUACACCUGAACCUCCACAGGAAGGUCACUUCAUGCAUGUAAGCACGGCGGCUGGUGAAGCAGGCGACUCUGCCUGGCUGGAGACCCCCAGAAUGAAGCCCAAGAGACAGGGUCACCUUCAGUGUCUGCAGUUCUACUACUUCCACAAUGGGAGCGCGGACGACCAGCUGAACAUCUGGAUCAGGGAGUUCAACAAUGAAACCAAUACAGCACGUCUCAUGGGACAAGUCACUGGACCACAAACGUCCCACUGGAGGAUCCACCAUGUUUCCCUGGAUGCUCAGAGUGAAUUCCAGGUGGAGUUUGAAGUUCAAAAAGGAAAUGGAAGCUCCUCUGGUGGCAUCUCCAUCGAUGACAUUAAUCUGUCAGAAAUACAAUGUCCUGAUGUGACCAUGCAGAUUGAUGAUUUUGAGCACGUCUUGACCACAAGUCCUAGAGGCACAUUCAUGUUCAGCCCGCGGCACUACUCCAGUGGUGGCUACGCAUAUCGUUUCGCUGUGGAAUUGAAUCGAUUUUAUUUUGGAUUGCGAGUGCAACUGCUGUCUGGCCAGAAUGAUGAUGAGCUGACGUGGCCAUGUCUGAACAGACAAGUGACACUGCAAGUGGUGGAUCAGACUCCCAACAUCCAGCAGCACAUGUCGAGGCAAAGAAGCUUCACCACUGACUUGAGCAUAACAACAGAAAAUGGGACAAGUGUUUGGGACAAUCCGCGCAAGUUUGCGGCAGAAUUUGUGACCGAUGAUGGCGAGGAAGUCUUUGGCGGGCCGCUGGUUGGACUAGGAUUUUUUUGGUAUCUGGAUAACUUGAAGUCCCUCAACUUUCUUAAAGGAGAAAGUGCUGUAUUUGCCUUUGACUUCCAAGAUAUCACCCCUCUGAUCAAUGGAAGUUCACUUCCCAAGGCCAAACUUGGACCAACGGCAGUGAAGCUCACACCAAAAAACCCACGACAUGGCACGUGCAAAACAGGGACGCCAACAACAGCUCACCCAACAACAGCUCACCCAACAACAGCUCACCCAACAACAGCUCACCCAACAAGAGCUCAUCCAACAACAGUUCGUCCAACAACUGACAAAAGGACCCCACACACCGUGACCCACAGGACUACAGUUGGCAGGACCUCACACACCGUGACCCAGAGUACUACAGCUGGCAGGAGCGCAAGUGGCUUCUCUGCUGUGAUGAUGUCAUCGCCCAUCCUCGUGCUCCUGUCAGCAGUGCUGCUCUGGAUAGCCUGAGUGACUCUGGAAAUAAAGUCAAUAUUGUGGCGAGGCUUUUGACAUUUUUCUUUAACGUGUUUUACGUUGGUGAUGUGUGUUUUAUCAAAGCAAAUAAAUAUAGUCAACCACUUACAUUUCAUGAUGUUAUUCAAAUAGGCAUCGCUUUGUACAGCAGGAAAUGUGCCAGUCACACAACAGCAGGGCAACAACUUGCUUUGACAUCUUCUAGUUAACGUUUUGUUAUUUUUUAAGGUGAUUCAUGGAACACAAUAAAUAACUCUCUUGAUGAGAUGGCCCAACAAAACAUCCUGCAUCCUGUCCAUGAGUAGUGCCAGAGCAGCAGAGGAAUUAUUUGAUGUA